UACCAAAUUUUAGCUAGCUUAAUAUCAAUUCAGCACGAAGCGCAUAUGAUUACUUUAGCUAGCUUAGGCUGCUGAAAAUCUUUAUAGUGCAAAAAUGGCGUCGGUCAACCCAUUUAAUGUCAGUGACUCCGAGGAAGAGGUUGAACGGCUCCCUAAUGAAACGGUUCACACAAGGAGAAGCCCGAGUGAUGGGGCGCCAGGGCCGCCGCCAGGCAAUCCUUUCUCUCCACCUACAGAAGCCGACCGCCCGACGCUCCUGCUAUCUGGCAACCGGACUAGCCCCAGCGGUGAGGGCAUCUCGGCCGCGGCCCCUUCCGCUAUGGCAGGGAAUGUUGAGACACGGGUAUCGGUUGAUGUCAUUGCUGCUCAGUUGUUACGAGACCAGUACAUUCUCACGGCCCUGGAGUUUCAUACCGAACUGUUGGAAGCAGGCAGAGAGCUCCCGAGGCUGAGGGAUUAUUUCUCCAACCCUGGCAACUUCGAGCGACAGAGCGGCACCCCGCCUGCCAAAGACCAGGCACCCGGACCUGGGGGACCACUGAAUCGAGCAGGCAGCAUCAGCACCUUAGACUCCUUGGACUUUGCUCGUUACUCGGAUGACGGCAACCGAGAGUCGGAUGAAAGGGUGGCAGUGCUGGAGUUUGAGCUACGGAAAGCAAAGGAGACCAUUCAGGCUCUGCGCGCCAACUUGACUCAGGCAGAAGAGAGUGAAGUACCCUCUCAGGAGAGAAAAAACUUCAAGUCAAGUCCUGAAAUUCAGGAGCCUAUACGCCCACUGGAGAAAAGAGCCCUAAACUUCCUUGUGAAUGAAUAUUUAUUAAAAAAUGAAUACAAACUUUCAUCCAUCACCUUCUCUGAUGAAAAUGAUGAUCAGGACUUUGAGUUGUGGGAUGAUGUUGGCCUCAACAUACCCAAACCCCCAGGCCUUUUACAUCUCUACAGGAACUGUGGCACCCCUCUCCCUCCACCUCGAGACACAGUUGAUGCGUCAGUGGGAGUAGACUUGGGCGAUCUUCCAGGAAACUGCAUUGCCCAAGAUCUACCAAAGAAACCUGGCCUCUCCCAGAAGCAGCAGACAGAAGUUGUGCAGGAGUUGGAGUACCAGAUUAGCCUCCUCAACAAUGAGAAGCAGCGCCUAGCUGAGCAGAUCAGGAAGCUGCAGAGUGAGAUUCAGACACUGAAGAGGAGUGUUUCUAUACUGCCUCCAGCCACUCUGGACCAAGACUCCCAGAAUACCUCUAAUCCCCCCUCCUCAUCCACCACUACCACUUCUAAUAACCCUCUCUCUGUGCCUCCAGCAGAUAAUGGCCAGUAUCUGGACAUUCGAGGGGGUUCAGAACUUGAAACUGAGCUAGGCCCCCCCUCUGCUGAGAAGGCGUCACAGUCCCACCCACAGUCCCAUAGCAAGCUUAAAAAUCGGCCUCUUGUCCAGUUUGAUCAACCGAACAGGAAGUUAUCCCCGGCCUUCCAGCAAGCCCUGCUGUCCUUCUGCAGAAUGUGUUCUGACAGCCGCCUGGGAGCAGAGGUGUCUCGAAUAGCAGACAGUGAGGAGAGUGUGAUGUUAAUGCUGGGCCGCUGUCUCCCUCACAUCGUUCCCAAUGUUCUCCUUGCUAAACGAGAGGAAUUGAUCCCACUCAUCUUAUGUACUGCCUGCCUUCACCCAGAGCCUAAAGAAAGAGACCAGCUCCUCCACAUCCUUUUUAACCUAAUUAAGAGACCAGACGAUGAGCAGAGACAAAUGAUCUUGACGGGGUGUGUUGCAUUCGCAAGGCACGUGGGUCCCACCCGUGUUGAGGCCGAACUACUUCCUCAGUGCUGGGAACAGAUUAACCACAAAUAUCCUGAGAGAAGACUGUUGGUGGCUGAGUCCUGUGGAGCUUUAGCGCCGUACCUGCCUAAGGAGAUCCGUAGCUCCCUGGUGUUAUCCAUGUUGCAGCAGAUGCUCACUGAGGAUAAGGCUGAUAUGGUCAGAGAAGCUGUGGUCAAGAGUCUGGGCAUUAUCAUGGGUUACAUAGAUGACCCUGACAAGUACUCACAGGGUUUUGAGCUGAUGCUGCUGUCCCUUGCAGACCCAUCAGAGAGGGUGGUCAAUGCUGUCCACCAAGUCUUCAUUCCUGCCUUUGCUGCCUGGACCACAGAGCUGGGCACCUUGCACACUGCACUCAUCCCUUCUCUGCUGGCACGGAUAGAGAAACUGCUUAUGCAAGGAGAACACAGUCUGGAUGAACACAAGUUACAUGUGUUUCUAUCGGCCCUGCAGUCCCUCAUCCCUCCAUUGUUUGCCGUGGUGCUGCAGAAUGCACCGUUCACCAACAGAGUCAAACUCCACAGUGACGUGCCUGCAAUAGAGGUGACCAGGUUCCCCAGGCCAGCUUCUCCUCUCCAGGAUGUGGCUACCCUCAUAGGCAGCAGGGAGAUGCUGAGUGCCCUCCUGCUACUCUACGACCACCAGCUAGAGCAUGAAGGAACCACUGGCUGGGACAGCCUGCUAUGGGUGGUCAAUCAACUCCUUCCUCAGCUCAUAGAGAUUGUGGGUCGCAUCAAUGUGACGUCAUCGACUUGCUUACAUGAGUUCUCUCGCUUCUUCUGGAGGUUCUGUCGCACCUUCGGCAAGAUCUUCACUAACACAAAGGUUAAACCUCAGUUCCAGGAGAUUCUACGACUAUCUGAAGAGAAUGUUGAUGCUUCAGCAGGGAAUGGUAUUCUCACCAAAGCCACAGUCCCCAUCUAUGCCACCGGAGUGCUGACAUGUUACAACCAGGAGGAGGAUCGCAAGUUGUUGGUGGGUUUCCUAGAGGAUGUUAUGACAACCCUGUCGCUGUCUCAUGCGCCUCUUGACAGCCUGAAGGCCUCUUUUGUAGAGCUUGGUGCCAACCCCGUGUACCAUGAAUUGCUGCUGACUGUUCUGUGGUACGGAGUGGUCCAUACCUCUGCGCUGGUCCGAUGUACUGCAGCACGGAUGUUUGAGCUGCUGGUGAAAGGGGUGAAUGAGACGCUGGUAGCUCAGAGAGUGGUGCCGGCUCUCAUCACACUGUCCUCCGACCCUGAAAUCUCAGUGAGGAUAUCCACUAUUCCUGCCUUUGGCACCAUCAUGGAAACUGUCACACAAAAAGAGCUGCUGGAGCGUGUAAAAAUGCAGCUGGCGUCAUUCCUGGAAGAUCCUCAGUACCAGGAUCAGCACUCGUUACACAUGGAGAUCAUCAGGACAUUUGGAAGAGUCGGACCUAAUGCUGAGCCACGCUUUAGGGAUGAGUUCGUGCUGCCACAUCUUCACAAGCUGGCGCUGGCUAACAACAGUCAGACAGUGGAGAGCAAGAGGAUCGACAUCGCCACUCAGCUGUUUGAGGCCUACAGCGCCCUCUCCUGUUGCUUCAUUUCUGAGGAGGUGAUGGUCAACCACUUCCUGCCUGGCCUCAGGUGUCUCCGCAGCGACAUGGAGCAACUCUCUCCUGAGCAUGAGGUGAUUCUGAGUUCUAUGAUCAAAGAGUGUGAAAUCAAGGUGGAAAACAGAGGAAUGGCAGAUGCACAAGGCUCCAUGUCCAUUGCCUCCAGCUUGGUGGGCGAGGAUGCCAAGACCAAGUUCCUAAGCAAGAUGGGCCAGCUAACCACCUCUGGUGCCAUGUUGGCUAAUGUCUUCCAGAGAAAGAAGUGAUCCCACUGACACUGACUGGUCAAACACCGCAGCUAACUGACAAAACCCUGCUUUCUCUGGGAGUGUGUCAUUUUACUGGGCAAAGCACCGGUUCAGCUUAAAGUAGAAAAAAAAAGUCAAGUGUGAUGUUUGUUCAGUUUCCAGAAGUGAAGGUUUUCUGGAAGUUGAUUUAAAGUGUCCAGUGCAGCAGGACUGUCUAUAAGCACCGUGUUUAUUGCAGUGAAAGCUGAGGUUUUCCCCUCUGCAUUAUUUUCUCUCCCUGAAUUCAUAAUUAUGAAGAAAGUCAUCAAGUCUUUUAUGAAUCAGUGUUGGUAAUGUUUUCAUUUCAGGGUAAAUGGAGAGUGAGAGCAAAAAGUCUGAACAGUAUUGAAACUCACCACAAAGUGAUAUCAAGGGGUGUGUUUUCCCUGGAUAUCACUUGACAUGAACGUAUCUAGAAUUAGAUUUUCAGUGCACUACUACUUGUUUUAGAACAGGUCUCAUCUUAUACAAAACUCUGGUCAUGACCUGCUGGGUUUCAUUUAGAAUUUUAACACCAUUUUGGAGCCGACAGCUGCAUUAACUGGCGUAUGUGAGUGAACUGAAAGUUUGAACCACAAAAUGGCUCUGGGCGUCUUAGGAAUGCCUUGUACAAUGUGGAUGUGUGGCUCAGAAGCGUUGCCUACUUGAAGCUAAAAAACAUUGUCUCGCCUUUAUUUCCUCAAAGUCCAUCUCUGGUAUUUUGUUUCAAUGGCUUCUGUUUUAUAACUUAUUUAUGUCUUAAUGAAGAAAAAUACUUUAUUCCAACUUCCAAAGAAAUUUGCA